AUGGAAAACGUUGACUCAUGUAGUAAGGUCAUGGUGGACAACGCAGACUUCACUCCCUCCCAAGUGGGCGGACUCUUCACCUUUUUAGCUCGUCAGUUGGCCAAACCAGACAACACCCUGUUUGUGAACAGGAAGCUCUUUGAUCAGGUGCUGGAGUUCCUGUGUUGUCCGGACGAUGAUUCCCGACACACUGAAAGGCAGCAGGUUAAACACACAAACCUCCGUCUCUCUCUCAUGACCUUGUGCUCGCUCGCUGCUCUCAACGGCUGCCUUCGUGCCGAUAGGCGUCAACGAGCUCCAACGCGUCGACCUCCUGGCACAGGAAGCAGACACAGCGUUUUCUAAAACACUGAUGUCGUCGCCUGCUUUGUGCUCUGGUUGUAAAUGUGCGUCAGGAUCACGACUGCUGGGUGGGCGGGUCCUCAGAGCCUGAUGCUGUCAGCAGGAUUCAGCUUUGUUCACAAUAAAACACACAUCAUAGAAAAUACAUCAAAUGUUUGCACUGAGAAAAUGAACCUGAGCUAAUUUUGAAUUUGGCAUUCGGAGCAGCACAUCUGAAAAAAGUUUCCCCUCCUUCUUUUAACUACAGUCUGUAGACGGCAGCGCGCAGCUGCUGGACUUUAGUGUUGUUCUUGUCUGACACACAGCUGUGGAUCAUCGUAUCGUUUCACUGAACGGUUCUCCUUCCUGC